AUGCCGCUGGGAGAAAAACUUGGUCGUCCUUUUGAGCUGUUAUCUCUUAUCGGCCGCAAGCGCAAAGAUGGACAGAACGAGCUAAAUCAGCGUCUUAACGGCACCGAGUCGCGUGCUUACGCAAAUGCCACGGGCUCGGCUACCGCAGGCUAUACAAACAACUACAGCCAUCAGAGUCACCACUUAAGCACUAUCAGCGGCUUUUAUCCGGGCGUCAAGUACGAGCGCAUCACACCGGUCGCGCAGGUAGCGCCUGUUGUCAAGUAUGAACGUCUCACUCCUGCCUCUGUCACCUCUUCGGCCCCUACUUCAGCAGGUCCUGCAGUAAGUCUUUCAUCUCCUCUGGAUUACGAUGCUGCUGCGCGUGAAGCGGCCUUUCCUAGUCUCGAGCCGGUGCCGUCCGCUGCCUGCUCUUUUCGGUCGGCACCAUCACCUGCACUAUCGUCGCUCCCUUCCCCUGGUAUGCUUACUCCGCUAACGACCUCAUUUAAUGCUCUACCCACGUCUGAAGGUCGCAGUCCUUUAACGGACGCUAUUCGCCCACUACGCCCGCCACGCCAGGCUCAAAAUCUUUUGAGCCCGGCUCAGCCAAACGUUGGUCCCACAGGGGCGCCAUCUGCACCAUUUUCGUAUGUGAUGGAAGAAUGGAUGAGUCAGCUGAGUACUCCAACUCCCGAUGUGACACUCUUGCCGUCGCCCUACGACUUCAACAAAGACACCCCUACGCCCAUGGACACGAACAGCAUGGAUAUGCGGCGGCUACAAGAUGCACUGUUACCGACGCCCCCACCUGAUUUUCACGAUCAAAGGCAAAAUCCUAAAAACUCGGCGUAUGUGACGACGCGUGGGCCUCGGCCGCUGCUUGAGGACAUUGCGUCCUUAUGUCGUGAUCUAAAUUCGCAGGAUAUGACGCAGACGACCAUAAAGGGGUCAUCGGCGGGUCAAAUAGAAAACAAAUACACAACAAUUCCAGCAAGGCCACUUCGUGCGCGUGAGGAAAGUUUCAGCAGCGCCUAUUCUGACGAUGGUGAUAGCCAAGCUAAGGUGCUGGCGGCAGCUGCAGCGCUCAGCAGCGUAUCUUCGAUGGUUGUGGCGCCUACUCCGACGUCUGCUGGAUCGGGAAUCAAGGGGAAACGUCGCAAGAUGUGUACAGCCGAAGGCUGCCAGAACUUAUCGCGGUCACGUGGACUGUGCAAGGCCCAUGGAGGCGGCCGGCGGUGCAAUGUUGAAGGAUGUUCUCGUGCGAGCCAGAGUGGAAGUUUGUGCAUUACUCACGGAGGUGGCAAGCGCUGCACGGUAGAAGGAUGCGUGAAGGCAGCGCAGUCGCGUGGCAUGUGCAAGGCUCAUGGUGGAGGCGUGCGCUGUCGUGUGGAAGGCUGCACGAAAAGCUCACAAGGCGAUGGCUUCUGCCGCUCACAUGGUGGUGGUCGCCGCUGUGGCCACCCAAGCGGCUGCUCGAAGUGGGCACAACGCAAUGGAAUGUGCAUGGCUCAUAGCGAAGGGAAGUAUGGAAACAGUUACCGUGGACGCCAGCAUCGAAUUGAUGCUCAAAUCAAUAUUCAACAAACGUGA